AUGGCGUCCCAGCUGGGCAUACCGAUGGAGCUGAUCGUCGAGGCCAGGCGCAACCCGGCCAGGGUGCCGGUGGCGCUGAUCUCGCUCGGUGUCGUUCUCAGCGUGGCGGCGCUCGGACUCAUCAUCUUCAAGUCCCCGGCAGGCAUCUUCCUGCACCUGCACGGCAGCACACCGGCGUACCUGUACUACAGCGUCCUCGGCGCCGUAGUGGUCUUUGGUCUGGCCGUGGCGUCUUUCGGCUACUGGGUGGUGCCGCGCGACGUGCACGGCUGGCACGCCACCGGCAAGACGGUGCUGUGGGUCUCCAUCUUGCUUCUCGUCCCGGUGCUUGCUCUUGGCGGGCUGAAGCUAAGGUGUAUUUAG